AUGGCGGACACGGAGGAGGUGCAGCCGAAGAAGCGCACGUUCAAGAAGUUCACCUUCCGAGGCAUCGACCUCGAUGCGCUGCUCGACAUGGGCAACGAGGAGCUCGUCAACCUCUUCACCGCGCGCGCUCGCAGACGGUUCCGCCGCGGUCUCAAGAGGAAGCCGCUCGCCCUCAUGAAGAAGCUUCGCAAGGCGAAGCGCGACGCGGAGGAGGGCGAGAAGCCCGAGGCGGUGCGCACGCAUCUGCGCGACAUGAUCAUCGUGCCCGAGAUGAUCGGCAGCGUCAUUGGCGUGUACAACGGCCGCGUGUUCAACCAGAUCGAAAUCAAGCCUGAGAUGAUUGGUCACUAUCUGGCUGAGUUCUCCCUGAGCUACAAGCCCGUGAAGCACGGUCGGCCCGGUAUUGGUGCCACUCACUCCUCCCGCUUCAUUCCCCUCAAGUAA